AAUAAAACUCAGAUUUGGUCUUUUAGAGAUAGUGUGAAAAAAAGGAAAUGUAACCACACUUUCCGCAGCCCAGCUAUUGACUAAACAGAUACAGAUAUGCUACAUAAUUAUACCAAACAGCCUUUCAGGACAAGCAAUAAAACUUUGUAACUUGCCUUUAGUACACAUACUGGACUUUGUCCUACAAGCUCAGACUCGCUGUGAAAUGUGAGGCGAGUGUCAAAUACAAUCCGGCUUCCUGACAAUGAACAGCUCAAGGCAAUCAUCUGGAAUAGGAUUCAUCUAGAUUCAGAAAAUGUCCAAGGCGGUCUCUGUAUUCCUGGCAGUCCUCUGCUGUCUGGUGCUCAGAUCCUCUUACUGUAAAGGCAGUAAGAUCCUGGUGGUGCCUGUUGAUGGCAGCCACUGGAUCAACAUGAAGGUUAUCCUGGAACAGCUUCACUCCAGGGGUCACGAAAUCACCGUUUUGCACUCCGCCAAAAGCUGGUACAUCACCAAUAACCCUUCCAUUUACACCUCAAUUCAUAUUCCAUCUUUCUUCGAUGAGGCAGACAGGAGCAUUUUCAUGAAAAUGCUCCUGGAUGUCAUGGAUUGCCGUGGCCAUCCUACUUUUAUACGCUCAUUUUGUCAACACAGUUUGCUUACAUUGAUGUUAAAACACAACCAUAAGAGUUUGGCACGAUUGUCUAAUAUAAUUUUAGAGGAUGAAGUGCUAAUGAAGAAGUUAAAGGACAUGAAGUUUGACCUCAUGUUGACGGAUCCUGCUUUCCCUAUGGGUGUUAUUCUGGGUGGUUACCUCAAGCUUCCAAUGGUCUUUAAUGUCCGCUGGAUCAAUAAUGGAGAAAGUCAUCAAUCCAUCGCUCCAUCUCCUGUCUCCUAUGCCCCUGUAUCAGGAAGUGAACUUCAUGAUCAGAUGCAUUUUCUAGAGAGGACAAAGAAUAUGUUGCAUUAUCUCUACAAUCUUUAUGAGUUGUACGUUGUCGUUAACCCAGCCUACACAGAUGUCUUCCAGAAAUACUUCCCUCCUGGGACUGACUUGGUGUCUUUGGAGCUCUCAGCUGAUAUCUGGCUUUGUAGAGGAGAUUUUAUCUUUGACUUCCCCAGACCCACCAUGCCCAAUGUGGUUUACAUAGGGGGCUUCCAGGGCAGGGAGGCCCAACCUCUGCCUGAUGAGUUGGAGGAAAUCAUGCAGAGCUCUGGGGAACAUGGGGUGGUGGUCAUGUCACUGGGAACACUGGUGUCAGCUCUGCCUCAUGGGAUCACAGAAGCCAUUGCUGCUGCUUUUGCUGAGCUCCCUCAGAAAGUGAUUUGGCGUUUUGAUGGUGACAAGCCUUCAUCUUUGGGCAAAAACACCAAGCUGGUGAAAUGGCUUCCCCAGAAUGAUCUCCUGGGACAUCCUAAGACUAAAGUCUUCAUAGCCCAUGGAGGAACCAAUGGCAUGUAUGAGGCCGUCUAUCAUGGUGUUCCUGUUCUGGGUUUGCCCCUCCUAUUUGAUCAAUUUGACAACCUACUCCGACUGAAAGUUCGCGGAGCAGCUAGGGUGGUGGAGGUCCGAUCGCUGACCAAAGACAAUUUCCUGGAGGCUCUAAAGGACAUCUUGGAGAAUCCAUCUUACCGUGAAAACAGCCAACGUCUCUCUCAGCUACACCGUGACCGACCAAUGUCUCCAAUGGACACAGCCAUCUUCUGGAUAGAGUACGUCAUCAGGAACAAAGGAGCCGCCCACCUGCAGUCCGCAGGUUUCGGUCUGCCUUGGUAUUCCUACUUCUGCCUAGACGUAGCAGUCUUUGUACUGGCCGUAACUGGAACCUCCAUCUGGGGUUUCAUCUUUGUCUGUAGGUUACUCUGCUGUAAGAGGUCCAGCAAGAAGAUCAAACCAGAGUAAUUCAUCAAAGAUACUCCCUCAUUCAACCACAAGAACUGUUAGAAUGCCCCACGUUUGGAGGCCUUAGUCCUCGACGCGGACAUCGCGGGUUCGACUCCCGGUCUCGGCGACCUUUGCUGCAUGUCCU